GCGUAAACGGCGCAAUUUCAGCAAACAGGCCACGGAAGUGCUGAAUGAGUAUUUUUACUCACACCUGAGCAACCCCUACCCCAGUGAAGAGGCCAAAGAGGAGCUCGCCAAGAAAGGGGGCAUCACCGUGUCCCAGGUUUCCAACUGGUUUGGGAACAAAAGAAUCCGCUACAAGAAGAACAUGGGGAAGUUCCAGGAAGAAGCCAAUAUUUACGCUGCCAAAACCGCCGUGGACGCGACCAACGUGGUGGCCCAGGGCAACCAGGGCAACUCCCCCUCGACGCCGAACUCGGGUGAGCCAGGGCUGCCAAAUCCCAGUUAUCCCUCCUGAGAACCCCAGUUAUCCCUCCUGAGAACCCCAGUUAU